UCCUCUUCUGCCGGUGUUUCCUCAUCAUCGUGUCACGGCAGCCAGUCAGUCAGUGAAGUGACCACAGACCACACAAUGCUUCCGACGACGGCGACCGCCUCAACGCCCCCGCCGCCACCGGCCCCGCCGCCUGGCGAGCCGCACGCGGCCCUCUUCCUCGCCCUGGGCUACAUGCGGCUGCCUGAGCUGCUAGCCUGCUGGCGCGUAUGCCGCCUCCUCGGCGAGGCCGUCGCGGGGGACCCCCUCCUGUGGCGUCGCCUCGCGGUAGAGCCGCCGCUCAGCGGCUGGGUGACCGACCAAGUCCUCCUCAAGUUGACUGCGAGGGCGGAUGGGACGCUGCGGUCUCUCCGCCUUUUCGGGUGCCUCCACGUUUCCGACGCCGGCCUGCUUCGCGUCGUCGAGCACAAUCCCCGCGUCACCGAGAUUUAUGUGCCUGCAUGUACAGGCUUGACUGGUGAUGGGGUGGUCAAAAUUGUUCAGCUUCUGCACGAACGCAAGGGAAAUAUAAGUCGUCUCCGACUUGAUGGUAUUAGCGGGAUGAGUAAGCAUCAUCUUGAUAUUAUCAUGUCUCUCAUGUGCAAAGGUAACCCACAAGGGCAACAAGAUAGAAGCCCACUUUUUUACAACCAUAGAGCCCGUGAAGCGCUGAACACCAAUGAUGAACGCCCUAUUGAUGUUGAUGUUUGCCCUGUGUGUGCGAACGUCAGGCCUGUGUUUGAUUGUACGAGGGAUGACUGUAGGAAAGUGAGGGACAGCUUGUGGCGGUGCCGAGGCUGCUACUUCUGCUUUCCUAGAUGCGAAAAAUGUGGUGGCUGUAUCAGUCCGGAGGAUAUAGUCGAGGCUGAUCUUGCUUGUUCAGAUCUUAUGUGCUUGGAUUGUUGGCUUACGGUCCCUAAAUGCAGCACAUGCAAUCGGCCUUACUGUGAGAGGCAUGCAAAUUUGAUGGUCUCCUUGUCGAUGGCUGGCCAGUUUUCAUGCCAGCGUUGCAAGGAGCUCGAUGCAUCGCACGAGAAUCAGGAAGAUAACUAUUAGAAGUGAGCCUUCCACCCCUCUUCUGUAACUGCAAAUACUUGAGCUCGUGUGCACAGUAAGAGGCAUGGCGGCAAAGAAGGAGCUUGCCGGGGAGGAGGCGGAGGCCUUGGGGCAUGGUUGGGGUGCAGGCGGAGCGAGAGGAAGCUGCAGGGGAGCUCGGGGUGCUCGUGCAUUAGCUGCCCGCAUGGCCAGUGGCGGCGAUCGCUGGAGCUCGGCACGGUGGUUGGGAAGAACGGACGACGCCAAUGCCUGCAGGAUACCAACGCGAACCCACCGUGGGAGUCGACAAGGAGAACCGGAGCUUGUCGAAGAUGAAGGAGAACCGGAGCUUGUCGAAGAGGAGAACACACGGAGGCAGAGAACUGAGAGAAGAUGACAGUGAGGGCGAUGAUUAAGCGCGCCUUGGACCGAUUCCUUUGGCGGGAGGGUCCUGGGGCGAGGCAGAGCGCUAGGACAUGGCAGCUUGGCUCGGGGAAGCCGUUGGCCACGAGGACGAAGGACGACGUCGGCGGCGUGCUCUGGUCGCGAAGCCGCGGUGACUGUGAGCCGGGAGGUACGGGCUCACAGACGGCCUCCUUCCCAUCUCCCUUCUCCACCUCCACAUACGCAAACCAGAGUGCACAUUUUGAAGUUGUUAGAAACAACACAUUUUGUAGUUGAAAGAAUACGUACUCGUGCACAAAUACUCCAAGAAACCAGAGUGAAUGAAUUAUAGUACUGUAUCUUUUAUUA